GUGUAUCGAAGUCAUGUUUUAUACUUUUAACAUUGGUUUUCUUGUGUAUAUUCUACAUAAAAUUCAAGUUGUUUAUAUUGGUGCAAUUGACGUUCAAAUGUCAGCGCUUUGCGGCGUCGUUUUUGAAAUGUCAAAAAAAUAUACGUCGAAUCUCCCUUCAUGAACUCCAAGAUUACAGCAGGUUUCGUGGGAGAGUGGAGAGCGUCUCGAGCGGGAAAAUGGAAACGGGUUGCGUCGAGUGUUUGUUUUGAAGAUAUUUACAAACGGCAGAGGCAUUUAACACAGUGUUGAGUUUUUAGUUUAGCGUUUUAAUCAAGUUACAGUUAUAAGUAAUGCUGCUAUAUGUUUGCGGUAUAACUAGCUGGUUUAGCCGGGUUUAGGGCUGUAACGUUAGCCGUUAGAAGUAAAAGCUCCAUGAUGAAGCACGACUCUUUUUCCAGGUGUAAGGACAGAGAUUCAAAACUGGCCGGACAUAAUAGUGUAUCAUCUAAAAGCAAAGUUAAAGCCACAUGUGAUGCUCUUCAGAAUAAACCUUUUAAAGGGAGAAUAUUUUACUUGGAUCUGCCAUGGAAUAUGAAAACACAACUCUUGGAAAAUGACAUCGAAACACUUGGUGGUCAGACAGUGGAAAAGUUCUUCAGUAAGGAGAUCAAGUAUUUUGUGUCCAGUAAGCCGGAGGCUCGUUAUGCCCAGCGUCUCCUUCCGGACUCUCCUGCGCCCAGUCCAGAUUCAGGCAUCAGCUCUCCUCAUCCCAGCAGCAAGAGGGAAAGCCGUGUGCACAGGGGCAACUCUCAGGGAGUCACGGAUACGGUGGCUGUAAGUCGAGGCAAAUCGCUUGUGGGGAGAGUUGUUAAGGAACAAGAACGUGUUCAGAUGAAUGGAAUCUUGGCCAAUGCUGUGGAAUGGGGAGUCAAAGUCCUGCAUGUUGACGAUGUUAUUUCUUAUGUUGACAAGAAGAAAGCAAAACUCAUUGCAGUGAACGCAGCUAAUCCAGUGGUGAAAAGAGCUGCCAGCAUUCAGCACACAGACAAAAAUACCCACAGACACAAUGCUGAAAGAAUUUGUCGUCCAUUUGUGAAAGUAGAAGACUCAAGCAGGCAUUAUUGUCCCAUCUACCUUCCCCUGUCCAACACGCCUGUGUGCAACCUCCGAUCUAUUCCACCUUGCUGCCCAUUCCUGAUGGAUGAAUAUGGAAAAGAAGAUCCAAAGAGACCGAAAGAGCAAAGGUCUGGUGGGGAACGAGGAAUUAGAGGAAAGAAAGGCAGGCGCAUAGGACAUGAAGGGAGAGAAAAGAGGAAAGGAGGGUACUGUGAGUGCUGUGAGGUCAAAUUCGACAACCUAAAGAUGCACCUAGAGAGUGACCAGCAUCAGGCUUUCUCUAAGAGUGAGGAGUACACAGUUGUGGAUCGAGUCACUGCGGGGCUGACCUGUGACCUUAUUAACAUUGGCACACACAGCAAAAGGGUGAAAUGCAGUACAUCAACCCCUGUUCUGUGUGCUGUAGCAAUGUUGCCUGUAAAGGAAGAUGUGGGAUCUGUAAAUGGUGAUUGGAAACAGGAAAGCAACGGGUCUUUGCUUUGGAGCUCUACAGCAAGGCAACCUCUUUCAGAACAGACCAGAGAAAAACCUCUGUCAGUUCGCAAACGCAGCAGAGGCCAGUGUGAAUUCCCUCUGAACAACAGGGACAGCUUUUUCGACCAAUCCGAUGUUCCUGAGAAGUCCCAGUCUAAGCGUGGAUCCUUUGAGUGGGAAUUCCACUCGCAAUCUGUUGUGCGGAAAUCUGAAGGUGCAUCUUUUCUCAGCAGAGAGCAGAACUGUGACUCUAAUGCACCUGAAUGCAGGACAGACCAACAAUCCAGGACAAACCCUGACAUGUGCACAGCUCAACAGUUCAGUGAAAGAAACCGAGAAUCAUUAACGGCAUUUGAGUGCUUUAGGACUAACUCCUGUGAAGUUUAUUUGCAAAGUAUGCCAGAAAAUCAAGUUGAAAAUUCAGCUCUUUGGCCUUUAGGCAGCACAGAACCCGAACCGGACCCCGAUAGCCCCACUAAUUCACUGCAACGGAAGGUUCGGAAUGUCAGAUCCAGAAGAAGAAAGCAAGUACCAGCCUUGCACAUCGAAUCUAGUAAAGAGAGAGAAUCAUUGAGCUCUCUUACACCUGUUAAACCUGUACUGGAGUGCGAGAACCCACCUGGUUAUCUCCUGGACCUGUGGCAGCUCUUUCAGUCCAGUGACCACAUGGAUGAAGAUUUUAAGGGUUUUUGAGAUUAAAGCUAGAGGAGUAGAGGAAUUUAACACAUAUGUAUGUGUUGUAAAAGUUAUUACUGUGCCAAAUAAUAUGUAGUAAUAAAU